UGCUGUUUGCUGCUGCUGGAAGAGGUCGAGCGGGCGGGCGGGCGAAUGCAUAAUAUUGCCGCGAGAGGGCAGCAGGGUACAGUCAAUAACAAUGGCCAUGUUGUGAGCUGUGAUUUAUGAGUUCUCCCAAAAAGAUCGAAUAGCAACGGAUUUCCAGGUAAUUUACUGCGGAGAGCAAGUAAUAUGAGUCCGUUAAUGGCACGCGCAAAUACCGACAUAGAUUUCAGGGCCCUAGCAGAGGAAGGUGACGGGAAAUGCUCGCGCGUUGCAAUGGAAAGGAGACGACCGUGAGAGGAAGUUGCAUCAGGGAGGAAAGUGAGAGAGGAAACUGCAUCGAGGAGGAAAGUGAGAGAGGAACCUGUAUCGGGGAGAAAUAGAGAUCUCGAUCACUGCCCGCUCGAUGGAACCUUUUUCUCUUCCUUCUGCUUCUGCUUCUUCUCUGAAACCAUACGCGUGUGACACGUGCGGGUACCGAUGCUCCCAGAAUCAGCGGUUGCAGGUGCACAUGCGCAUGCACACGGGAGAGAAACCGUACGCGUGCGAUGUAUGUGAGUACAGGAGUUCUCAGCUGACACAUCUCCUGAUCCACGUGCGCACGCACACGGGAGAGAAACCGUACGCGUGCGAUGUAUGUGAGUACAGCAGUUCGCGGCUGGCGCAUCUCCAGAGUCACGCGCGCACGCACACGGGAGAGAAACCGUACGCGUGCGACAUAUGCGGCUCCGCCUACAACUGCUCCAGGAACCUCAAGAUGCACUUUCUCACGCACACGGGCCAGAAACCUUACGCGUGCGAUAUAUGCGGCUCUGCCUACACCAACUCCGGCAGCCUCAGGAAGCACUUUCUCACGCACACGGGCCAGAAACCGUACGCGUGUGACAUCUGCUCUUUCAGGGGCUUAUCCUCGGCCGCUCUCUCGAAACACAUGCGCACGCAGUCGCACCGAAGAAAGGCCAUGUACAAGCAAUCUGGAAUGAUGUGAUGGACGGGUCUGCGGGUUAAACAGCUAAUUCGUCAGACGUUAAACGUGUGGAUAAAGGUGCACUCUCUCCAGUAGACUCCAGUGACGUACACUCAGGCUUGUAUGAGAGAAGAAAUCCGGAAAGGCGAUGUGCAUGCAAUCAGGAGUGAUGUGACUGACAUUCUACUGAUUAAACAGCUAAUUCGUCAGAAGUUAAACCUGUGGAUAUAGAUGCACUCUCUCCAGUAGACUCACGAGAGAGACGUUCACUCUCAUACAAGAGAAAAUAGUGGAAGCCCCUCAAACAGUUCUCCACUCUCUCUCGCUCUCUCUCCUUUCCUCCUCUCUCUUCCCUGCCGCCCCUUAUCUCUCCCUCCUCCUUUCUCUCUACUCCUGCUUACCAGUAAGAACGUGAGUGUAGUGGUGGGUGUCAUUCAACACCAGCCCCUCUGACAGUUCUCCCCCUCCUCUCCCUUUCACUCUCGCUCUCCCUCCCUCCCUCUCUUCCUCCCUCCCUUCCUGUCUACUCGUGCUUACCAGUAAGAACGCGAGUGUAGUGGUGGAUGUCAUUCAACACCAGCCCCACGUACAAUUUUGUCCCCUCCUCUCUCUCUCUCUCGCUCUCUUUCUUCCUUCCUUCCUCCCUCCCUCGCUCCAUCCCACUCUCUCUACUCCUGCUUACCAAUGAGAACGUGGGUGUAGUGGUGGAUGUCAUUCAACACCAGCCCCACGUACAGUUUUCCCAGCUGCUCUAGCACUCUCUCUGCCGGUCGCGUUUGGUUCUAUUUUGUUUUGUUUUUUAAUCCGCCACCAGUUCGUCACAUUCGUAGGUAGUGGCGCCUCCUGGCGGUUGCCCUGCUGCGUUGGUUUGUCGACAGCGCCCUCUUGCUGUGCUCUGCACAAAUUUACACGUGACCACUAUUAAUUCACUACCGGUUCAUUACCCUGUUAGGUUAGAGGAUGUGACGCGGCAUCGGAG